AUGAUCGGAUACCGCGGUCGCGGUCUUCGGACACUGCAAGCCGUAACCGUAUUAGUGUACACAGCGUUUUGCAUUCAAACAGUCCAACCGGCGUGCAGUGAUGAUAAUACCGCAGACGGUGGUAAUCGUGUAGAAAUGCUCAUGUGGCUAACAGAUCCAUGUCGGUACGAUCGUUGGACAAGACCAAUACCACCAGACGGUAACAGUAAAACCGGAACACCUACGCGUGUGUCUGCUCGAGUAUAUGUAUACUUUUUAGGAUCAGUAGAGGCCCAACAGUUGCAUUUCACUGCCCAUUUAUUGAUACGGUAUCGGUGGCGGGAUGAUCGGCUUGUACAUUCUUCUUCAAAGUCUUCUAUACAGGGCGAGAACAAACUUAAGGAACGGGUAUGGACUCCACAUGUUUACAUCGUCAAUGAACACGAUUCAAACAUAAUGGGAUCCGGCCGUCAAGACAUACUAGUCACGGUUCAACCGGAUGGAACAGUUUUGUAUUCAGCUAGGUUAAAAGUGUCGUUAUUAUGCAUGAUGAAUUUACAAAAAUUCCCAUUUGAUCAACAAACAUGUCCUUUGAUACUGGAAAGCUGGACUUAUAACAAUACUCAUUUGGAGUUGGUGUGGGAACACGAUUCUCCUGCUGUACUGAAUAGCAAUUUGCGAAUGACUGAAUACAACUUAGUGUCAAUCUGGACAGACGAAACGGUCAGUGAAUACGCGUUGUUACCGUCUGAAGAUAAACACGAUAAAAAAAAAGAAUAUUCACCAUUAUCUGUUGAACAUGUACACUACUAUGGAAAAUUUGCUGGGAACUAUAGUCAGUUAAUAGUUAACUUUGAAUUAGAACGUGAAGUUGGUCACUACAUAAUGGACUAUUAUGUACCAAGUAUAAUGCUUGUAGUUGUAUCAUGGGUAUCUUUUUGGUUAGACCCAAAUGCAGUACCUGGUCGCACAACAUUAGGUACCAGUACAAUGUUAACAUUCAUUACACUGUCCAGAAACAUCGGUAGCUCGUUACCAAAAGUUUCUUACAUUAAAGCUACUGAGAUAUGGUUUAUUGUGUGCACGGCAUUCAUAUUCGGUUCGUUGGUUGAGUUUGCAUUUGUCAACACCAUAUGGAGACGGAAAACAAACGUGGAACUGAAAAAAGUCAAUAGUAAACAUAUUUUUAAGUCAACAUUAACGCCUCAGAUGCAACGCAAGUCAGUAUCCGUGGACAGCGGUAUUGACAGAGGUGCUACCGGUGCUAGUCCAACAGUGAUGAGUGGAAAAUUAAAUAGAAGAGAUAACAGAUCAAGGAGUUUGCUGACUGUUGGUGAUGUGGGCCCUGCCGUAUGCACCAAUCCAGAGCCUCUUGAAAAUUUUAGUAUCCGGGUACCAUCGUUGAAUGAUAAUAAGACUGGCAGUGGUGGAGGUCUGUUUACAUUAACUCCACAAGAGAUUGCUCAAUGGAUUGAUCAACGCAGUCGUAUUGCAUUUCCUGCAGCUUUUCUAGUAUUUAACUGUUUCUAUUGGCUUUAUGUAUAUGUUUGA